UUGCUUAAAUAUCAUUUCUUCUUUUGUAUGAACAUAAAAAGCAAAUUUUGAGGGCUGCAUUGGCAGCAGAACAAUAUAACAUCGAUUACAUAGGGAAUAUAUAGUAGAACGUCACAAUAUGCUUUCUUUUAGUUAAUAAUAUGAAACUCAUAUAAGUUAUUCAUUUUUGCUUAAAAUGCUAAUUAGAAACAUUCUUUACAACGUUAAAAACAUUUUGCAUGCUGCUGCGAAAUGUAAUUAAAUGCAUACAAACAGAAAAAGAAAAAUAAAUAGUUGGAAACUCGGGGCUGUGUGAAUCAAAAGUAUGAGUAACUUUCAACUUGGAAUUGUCCCACGGUUGCAUUGUAUUAUCAAAAUAAUAUGUCGUUUGUCACAAUAUAAUAAUAAUUUUUCUAUAUAUAAUAAUCACUCUAGACGUCUCCAUCUCAUCUUCCCUUCAAAUUAACAUUUGGCUUCUUUAGCUCUCAUAGAACACCAUACCCAUCCAACACAUUGCCUUCUAAUCAUUUUACUCGAUUGAAGAGGAAAACUUGUAAAUUUUAGUUUUAUUUUCUCGAGACAGCAACGGAAAAAAUGGGAAGAGCACCAUGUUGUGAGAAAAUGGGGGUAAAGAGAGGACCGUGGACUCCCGAAGAAGAUCAAAUCUUGAUUAACUAUAUUAAUCUCUAUGGCCAUUCUAACUGGCGAGCCCUUCCCAAACACGCAGGUUUACUUAGAUGUGGGAAAAGUUGCAGACUUCGUUGGAUCAAUUAUCUGAGACCAGACAUCAAACGUGGCAAUUUCACUCCUCAAGACGAACAAACUAUCAUCAAUCUACAUGAAGUAUUGGGCAACAGAUGGUCUGCGAUUGCUGCAAAAUUGCCAGGACGGACCGACAAUGAAAUUAAAAAUGUUUGGCACACUCAUUUGAAGAAAAGACUCAACGAAGGCCACAACAAUGGCGGAGUCACCAAUAACCUUAACGGAACUAACGAGACCGCACAUGAAGACAAAGAAUCUGUGAUUGUCGACACAACUCCUACGCAACAAUUUACAACAUUAGAGAUUUCAAAUAAUAACAAGGCGGACGAUAUGAUGUCGUACGAGGAUAUUUCUGCAUUGGUUGAUGAUAGUUUUUGGUCUGACGUUGUAUCGGUAGAUAAUAAGAAUAGUAAAGAGAAAAUGAUAGAUGAUUGGGAGGGAAUGCUAAAUAGCAAUAGUAAAAUAUAUAGUUAUAAUAAUUCGAAGUUGUAUAAUGAUGAUAUGGAGUUUUGGUUUGAGGUUUUCAAUAGUAGUCGUAGGAUUGAAGAACUUUCGGACAUACCCGAGUUCUGAUUUUGAUUUUGUGUUGUUUUGUCGUUAAGACUUGGAAGAGUCUUUUUGUAAACCAAAUUAAUAUUUCCUCUAUAUUCGUCGUUGAGA